GUGCAAGGUCGUGCGUUGUCACCGGCCACCGCAUUGGGCUCGUGCCAUGGGGAAGGUCGCGCCGGCAGAGACGCCCAGCGGCGCGGUCGAGACGAGGUCGUCCAUGGUCGAAAAAGCCAAACUUCGUGCGCGGGUCGAGCGUCUGGGCGCUGGCAAGUCGUUCUUCAACGUCACGAUGGACGACAUUGGCGACUUGGGCGUCGGCAUUCGGUUGUACUUCAUGCUGACCAAGUACACGUCGAUGCUGUUUGUCGUCAUGUCCCUGUGCGCCGCGCCGUCGGCAGUCAUUCACUACUUUGGCCAUGGCGUGACGGAGGCGACGAAAGACCCGCUCGGCCUCAAUUACUUGUCCCUGGCAAACGAAGGCAUCAACCCCGAGUACGUUCCAGCCAACUGCACGUACAUGGGUGGCACCAUGGACUGCUCCCUCCGCACGAUUGAUACCCCCCUGACGACCUCUCCCAAGAUGGGAGCGUACAUCGCCACCAUAUGCGACUGCACGUACUCGCUCGUGUUUGUCGCGUACAUUGUGUUUAUGUCGCACCGAUGCCGCGCGAUCGUGGCCGCACAUGCCAAGGACAACAUCACGCCCGCCAAGUACGCCGUUUACGUCCGGGGCUUCCCCCGCGAUGCGACGGAGGCCGAGAUCAUGGCGCAUUUCAGCGCGCUGUACGACCUAUCUCAGCCCGCGCAAUACUUUCCCAUGUGGCUUGGGUGCUUUGGCCGGCGCCGCCGUGUCAAGUCCCGUCGGCCGGGGGAUGCUUCGCGUUCCAAGCGGUCGUUCGAGCCCGUGGCAGACGUGUCGCACGUGGAUGGCAAUGAUCUGUACAUGCAGUCGUGGGUCGCUCAAGUGAGCAUCGCCCGGCCCAUCGGCACGUUCCUCCGCCUCUUUCUCGCGCUGGAAACGUUGACGCAAAAAAUUGCCAUGCUGGAAGCGACGAUCGCCGAGUACAAGACACACCCGCGUCGGUUCCACAAGCGGCUGCCCCGCGCCCAACUCGACCUGGCCGCCCUCCAGACCCAGCUCGAGACGAAAACGAGCAACAUGACUGCGCUGCGCACGCAGGGCAUCCAACGAUUACACGAAUGCGAGUGCGCGUUUGUCGUAUUCAACCACGUCGAGAGCCAGCAACAGUGCAUGGCCGACUACCGGACGAGCCACUCGUGGUGGAAGCGCUGGUUUCAGCCGACGGCGCUUCGAUUCCGAGGCAUUCACGCGCUCAAGGUGUCUGCCGCCCCCGAACCAUCCAACAUUGUGUGGGAAAACUUGGAAACGUCCGCCGUCGAGCGGUUUGCGCGGCGGUCGUUGACAAACGUGGUCACGUUUGUGCUGCUGAUUGUGUCUUGCGCGAUCAUUUCGCUUGCCCAGGGCGCCCAGCAAACGUUCAACAAGCCCGGCCCAGCCAACAUUUGCGCCAAAAUCCUCGACGUGUAUCAAGGCCCAAGCUACGACGGCGCCGCCGCCGCCGACUGGACCUUGCACUGGAACGCGUCCGUCGUGUGCCCCGCCGCCGGGUCGUUCGAGAUUACGUACAACCAGUCGGCGACGCCAUUCCCCGCGACCGUCCCGACCUUCAACGACGUCGCGGGGCCGUCGGCCAACCUCACGCGAUGCACGUCUGGAUGCUUCACUCCCGGCUUGACCACGUGCGGCACUCUGCCUUGCUUCACGACCGACUACAACUACACGGCAACCACCAACCGUGCGGUCGACAACGCGUGCGAGUCGUACGAUUCGAGCAGCAUCGUGCUGUGCUACUGCAAACCGAAACUCGAAGCGUACAUUGCGUUGGACGGGCUGUACCACGGCCCAAAGAAGCUGUGGCAGGUCGAAGUGCCGUGCCGCGAGUACAUCACGGCGUUCUUGACCAAGAAUGGACUCCUCGUCGCCGCCGCGGUCACCGUGAUCCUCGUCAACACGGCGCUGCGGGGGGUGUUUUACGCGUUUGGCGGGUUCGAGCGCCACUCGUCCGAGUCCAACACGGCGGCCGCGGUCGUUGUCAAGCUCUUCUUUGCUCAGUGGAUUAACACAGCGGUCAUCGUUCUGCUCGUCAAUGCCCAGCUUGGCAACGUCCCGAUCCUUCACUUUUUUCUCUCGGGUAAACUCACCGACAUGGAGCGGGGAUGGUAUACGUCCGUGGGGGCUGGGAUUACGCUGACGAUGCUCGUCAACGUUGCGACUCCCCACGUCGGCCCUGUCCUGGCCGCGUACGUGAUUUUGCCCGUCAAGCGCGGGAUCCAGCAGUUUACGACCGUGACCAGUUCCGAAAUGAACGCGCUGUUUGCGAACCCGGCGUUUGACAUUUCCGUGCGGUACCCCGUCGUCCUCAACACGAUCUUCGUCACGUUCAUGUAUGCGGGCGGGAUGCCGGCGCUGCUUCCGCUCGGCGCUGUGUCGUGCUUCCUCAACUACGCGGUCGACAAGCUCAUGCUGAUGAAGCUCUACCGCGUCCGCACGGCGUACGAUCAAGCGCUGGGUAAUUUGGCCUUGACGCUGUUUCCGUGGAUGUUACUCGUGCACCUCGGGUUCUCGGCAUGGUCGUACGGAGUGUCGUCGCUGCUCGAGUCGGACCUGCUCCACGUCGCCGCGCUCGCACAGCAAGCGACGUCGGCGCUCGCGACCGUGGAAUCGUCAUUUACCGGCCAAGACGACGCGAACGCAACGACGUCGGCCGACGCGGCGGCGAUCGACCCGACAGAGCAGCUGCACGAGAUGCUGCUGGCGCAGCUCGAGACGGUCGCCGACCCCACGCUGGCUCAACUGCUUGGCGGUGUCCUCAAAGCAUAUUCCAAGAUUGUGCGGGUCAACACGUUUCCCGUCUUUUUCUUGUUUGUGCUGGUGCUGCUGUAUUUGCUCUUGCACCGCGUCUUGGCGCCGGUCUUCCACGUCACGGUCGGCGUCAUGUUCAAAUUUGGGUCGCUCCUCCUUGGAAAGGUCCGGCGUUCGAGGGUUCGCGUGGCGGCGGCAGCCGUCGGGCAGACCGCACCGGCGUUCACCGCGCUCUUCGAGCGGCCGUUGGCCGCAGACGAAGUGGAUGGCGCACGGGACGACGGUGAAAAGGCAGCGGCCAUGGCGAAGAAGACCGUCGACACGGCGAGGGGGUUCCAAGUCGAUGCGGGUCGGGGCAUGGUGAUCUGCCGCGGCGCGGACGGCGAGCGCUUGCGGUCGUGGCAGGCAACCUCGGCCCCCGUCAAAACGUAUGCGAUUGAAAAAAAUCCCAAGUACACGACGGCCGUCGCCAAACUCCUCGAAGCAAACCAACGGCUGCGCACCGCCGACGCGUUUCCACAGCAAACGCCCAUACCGCACCACGACAUGCGGCCGCCGGAGGCCGCCACUUGCCGCGCGCCGUUUCUGGCGAGUUAGAUAAACAAAUAUGCACAUGCACGCCACCGACUCAAAUGUACGC